UCAGACCACUUUCUUCUGAGGUCUACAAGCUCAUCAGGUGUCGUGGGAGAAAUCAAGCAUCAUGAAGUGGGUGCUCCUGGUUCUGGCUUGCUUCCAGCUGUCAGAUGGACUAGUGAAGUGAGUGUUCUUACUCAGUUUAAUACUAUAUAUGAAACAGAACAGCAUAGAGACCAAUAAGAUGCAAAAAUUGUUCACUUGCUAAUCAGGUAGCAUUAGAAUUUUUGAACUUUCAUGGUGUAAGUCAGGAGUAAGGUAAAAUUAUAUAGCACAGAGAAUUAGAUGAGUGUACAGGGAUGAGUGAAGAUGUGAGAAUAUUUUUCUCCACAUGGUAAGGAGGAGCCAUGUAUAAAGGGUGUUUCAUGCAAUAAUACUCACAUAUUCAGUAAACCUAAUUUCUUCGGUUUGUUGAAUGUACAUCCUUCCAUCAAUUGCCGUAGAAAAACAACAAGUGGGCAAGGGGCAGUCUCAGCGCAGGAACAGGAACAAAUAUGGUGGUGGUUCUUUGUCAUCCAAGUUGUGUGGGGUCCUUGAAUGGCAAGUAUCACUCUAUUAAUUAUAUAUCUAUGCUCUGCUUUUUAAUUCCAUGUAGCGUCCUUCUGAAGAAGGGCAAGUCUAUCCGAGAGGUGAUGAAGGAGAAGGGUGUGCUGGAAGAUUACCUGAAGAACCACAAACUUGACCCGGCCAAAAAGUACAUCUUCAAUGAAUACAAUGUUGCUUAUGAACCAAUGGCGUACAUGGAUGUGAGUCUCCCGUCCUUUCUGAGUUAACUUGUCUUUGUAUCUUUGAUGUUCUCUUUAACAAGCCUAUAUUUUUCCUCACUACAGCAGAAUGCUAUUAGGCUGAGAAACCACAUGGAAUGUAGCAUUCUGUUUAAGGGUGCAUGAGUAUUUCUAGGCUCAACAGUUCAAGCCUUUUUGUGAGUGCUGGGCUGAGUGCUCACAAAAGACUUAUAAGCACUCGAAAUGUGCACCAUUGCCUCCCCCUACCUCAGUGUGUGUAACUUACCUUUGAACCAGGGGAAGAAGGCAGCAGGAGAAGAGUUGACAGUGGGCCCUGUGGAGAUCCAGAAGCAUGAGAUUCCACAAUGAUAUAAGGCUGGAGAACUACCUAAGCAUAGAAAAAGAUGCUAUUUGCACAAUUUCUGCUGGGAAGAAUCCCCACUGCAUGAUGGAGAAACCACUGGUUGCUGCCAUUGCUGAUUAUCUUCUUCCAUCUAUGGUCAAAAGCUCAGUCCUUUAGGGAAGGGGCAAAGGGCUGAGGUGGUGGUGAAGCUAUCUGAGGCGCCAUUCACCCUGCAUGUAGUAGGCUAUGAGCAGUGUCCUUCUUGCCUCAGUCCUAUCUGAGGGCUUUCAAACCCCCCUAUUUGAGUGAUCACAACAUCCCAAUGUGUAAAUGUCAAUGUGUGUGUGUCUUUUGAGAAAUCCUAAGCCUUGGGAAAUUGAUCAGGUUGGGAGCUUUAAAAAUUCACAGAAUCACUCAUUCCAUGCAAAUCACAGAGCUCAGUUCAUGCCAGAAUUCUUAUGGAAUUCACAUUGUGAAAUAUUUUAUCCCCAGGCUUCUUACUAUGGAGAAAUCAGCAUUGGAACACCACCUCAGAAUUUCCUGGUGCUGUUUGACACUGGCUCUUCAAACUUGUGGGUGCCUUCUGUCUACUGCAACAGCCAGGCGUGCAGUAAGUCACCAAUCCCCAACUGUUCAAAAGCUAGCUUUAUUCAUAAAAGAUAAAGGUACCGCUGACCAUUAGGUCCAGUCACAGAUGACUCUAGGGUUGUGGUGCUUAUCUCGCUCUAUAGGCCGAGGAGCUGGCAUUUGUCCACAGACAGGUUCCAGGUCAUGUGGCCAUCAUGACUAAGCCGCUUCUGGCAAACCAGAGCAGUGCACAGAAACACUGUUUACCUUCCCACUGGAGCAGUACCUAUUUAUCUACUUGCACUGUGAUGUGCUUUUGAACUGCUAGGUUGGCAGGAGCAAGGACUGAACAACCGCCGACCUUCUGAUCGGCAAGCUGUAGGCUCUGUGGUUUAGACCACAGCGCCACCCGCAUCCAGCUUUAUUCAUAGCUACAGCUAAGCCAGCUGUGGUGUGAUGGAAUACAGACAGAGCUUCAACAGAGCCUCGCUGCCAAGAAACUGAAUUUCUGUUAUCCAUGAUGCCAAACAAAGGCUUUUCUAACUGUACUACUUCUGCUGAUGCUGUGCAACAUUUAGGGUAUAUCCUAAGGAAGCUUUCAGCCUUAUAUUAUAUUUCUCCCCACAGCCGGUCAUUCAAGAUUCAAUCCCAGCCAGUCUUCCACCUACUCCACCAAUGGACAGACCUUCUCCCUGCAGUAUGGUAGCGGUAACCUUGAUGGAUUUUUUGGCUUUGACACCAUGAGAGUAAGUGUCACUUAGUCUUUUUUUUUGGGAGGGUGAACUAGUCUAAUGCUACCAAUGAAUCACCAUCAAGUGAAUCUGCUAAUGUAGGGGUGGGGAACCAUUCCUCUUAGCCAUCAUUGUCAUAGUUUGGUCUAGGGGCGAUUGAAGUCCCAGCUGAGGACGUUGGGACUGGGGGCAAGAUGGCGGGGUUGGAGCAGGAACGAGAGUCCAGAAGCCAGGGGUCCAAGGGUCAGGAAACAAGGAGUCACGAAGUCAAGGGUCCAAGGGUUGAAGAGAAAGGAGUCACGAAGUCAAGGUUCUGAGGAUCAGGAAGCAAGAAGCCAAAUGCAGCAAGGCAGGAAGCAGGUUGCUGUGACAAAGAGCCAAAGGGAAAUGCUGACCUUAUACCCCUUCCCGGCUCUUGCCACCAGGUGCAGUGAGUUACCAUGUGGCCUCACCUGUGCGGCUGCACCUUGCCUCUCCAGAACAAACUUAGGAAGGCCCCAGUCCUGCGAAGCCCUACUGGUCACAGGGCCUGGCUCCUGCACACACUGCUGACAAUCAUAAGCUAAGGGAUGUUUCAGGGAUGAUGGGAAUUGUGGUCCAACAAUAUUUGAAGGGCACCAUGUUGGCUACCUCUGUUCUAGAAGCUCAAAAGCAGGCCACUAAGAUGGUGGAUGCCCUCUUUUGACAAUUUAUAAUUCUUUUCAUUCCUAUCCUAUCUAUGAAUUUUACGGUGACACUUUCAUUUUGUCUCCUUUAGCUCCAGAACAUUGUUGUCACUAAGCAAGAAUUCGGCCUGAGUGAAAAUGAACCUGGCUCCAACUUCGUUUAUGCCCAGUUUGAUGGCAUCCUGGGGAUGGCUUAUCCUUCUCUUGCAGUUGGGGGUGCUACAACGGCCUUAGAGGGGAUGUUGCAGCAAAACUUGCUUUCACAGCCAAUCUUCAGCUUCUAUCUGAGCUCGUAAGAAAAAGAAGCCAUUUUCCCUUUAGCUUUAAUGUCCUACACUCCUUUGCUUUUCACACAUCAUAGCAUAAAUAUAAAUGGGUUGGAUCUAGAAUAAAUUAAUCAUGCUUUACUGCCACAGAAAUAGAUGAGAUUUCAGUUAGUCAUGAAGGGAUGGAAUUUUCUGAAAAUCUCAGUAUUAAGCUUCUCCGCACACAAUUUUUCAAACUUCCUUCUCACUCCAUGAUUUUGAUGAGAAGAAAGUUAUGUCCCUGUGUGCUUCUGCUAUAAAUGCAAACACUUCUCAAAUGUUAUAUGCAUGUUUAUACACAUUAUUGUAUGUGUUACUAUACAUGUUAAUAUUAUGCAUAGAUUAUAUUCACUCCAGGUUUCCUAAAGUAACCAGCAAAAAAAUCAUACGUACAACAAUGUACAUGGCUGUAGAAAAAUACAUAUAUAUUAAUACUUAUAAAAUUAUAGCGCAGAAACAACAUAUUGCAUGGGACUUGACUCUCACACAUAUACAUAUUUUGGGGUAUAAUUUUGCAUGAAAUGUUAUAUACAGUCAGCCAUUAAAAAACCCCAACAAUGCACAAGAAAUUCAUAUGUACAGUACUGUACUCUCACUGCGUCUUUAUCUCAGAUCCUUAAUUUUCCUUGAAGGGAAUUUUGCAUUUAUACAACCCAAAUAAGGGCCACCCCUUUACACAAUGUUCUUUGCUUUAAACAUUCCAGAACAAAUUCUGAAUGCCUAAUCCUUUCUUUUUGUUUGUAGCCAACCAAGCUCUCAGUAUGGUGGUGAGGUUGUCUUUGGAGGUGUAGACACUCGACUGUACUCUGGAGAGAUCUAUUGGGCUCCAGUCACCCAAGAACUUUAUUGGCAGAUUGGAAUUCAAGAGUGAGUUGAAAUUGUGAAAAAAAAUAAUUCAAGAGCAUUGGAGAAUUCCCAUAAAUAUCUGUAUAGUGCUGUGCUUUUGAACUCAUGGCGACACCUUCUUGGAUUUGAGCCAGACUCUUCUAGAAGGAAUGCAGAUAUAAACUGAAACUUAUACAUUAUUUCUCAAAGCAUCAUAGAUAUUUCACCAAAGUAAAUGAUUGCACUGUCACUUUAUGUUCAAUAAUAUUCAAACUGCAGUGGAUUAAAAUUGAAGUCAGAUGUGGCUUUGCUCAUGAGUCUACAGCUAUGUAUUAGUAUGUCAUCUGUGUAUUCAGCAUUUCCACUCUGGGUUCUGCAUGAACUGGCUACACAUAGCUACAAUCUAAAGUACACUGAUGUCCCUAGGGAAGAUUAUUUCUUGAACGUGUAAAAUUGGACUGCAAGCCUAGAUGUUUUGCAUGCCACAAGCUUAUUGUUUAAACUUAGGCUAGGAACUAAGCCUUAGCCCAUUCUCCAUGGCUUCUUUAUCUCAUGGAGAUGUUGAUGGGAGGAUUAAUAGGGCCAAGGAGGUGAACAGCAUAUAGCACUGAGUGGGAAUUUAUAUUUAUAACUUAUAUCCUCCCCUUCUACAUCAAGAGGGCAGCUAGCAAGGAUUUAAAAACAUCUUACCAUAUUAUACAAACCUAAGUGUUAUCAUCACGCUGCAAUUCCCGCAGCUGCAGGUGGUGCUGUGAACUGCAGAAUCAUGAGAGGCAGUGGAUGGGCAGCCCAGGCAAGCCACGGAGGGACAGCCCAAACAGGCCAGGGCAGCCCCUCAGCUGCUCUGGCUCCUCUGCCCACCAGCAUCCAGAUCCCUAGACCAGCUGGCACUGUUACUGCCCACCAUCCUGCUUCAUGGUUGGCCUUGGAAUCUGCUGCUGCCAUGGCUGAUCCUCAUGAAGAGUGGCAAAAUGAGCAGCAUAGGAAGGGAAAAGGUGGCUGGUUGGCACCAUGAAGUGGAAAGGGAAGCAGUGGAUGGCUUUGGCAAAGGUGGUUGGUGGAGGUUGGGUGAAUGUAGGUGAGGUUGAUAAGUGAAAUGAGCAGGGGUACAGCCCCUAGUAAAACAUUGUUAUGCAACUUCCAUCAUAUUAGAUUUCAGGACAAUCCACACCAUGUUAUGGUAUAGUUAUGCAUUGACUGAGUACUAAUCUAUAGGAAAGCUAUGAUACACAAAUGACAAACUAGGAAGACUGCAGGUAAGACUGGCUUGUUAAGAGUCAGCAUGAGGUUUGUAUCAGUAUCAGCAAGGAAUCAAUCCACUCUUUUUGGUGCAUAGAGAAGCACAUGGCACCUCCUGGUCCUCCCACAUCAGAACAGAAGGCAGUGAAAGGGAGGCAUGAGCUUCACAGUAAUAAAUCUUUUUAAAGAAAUUUAGUGGCCAGCAAGGACUUCAUACAUUUUUUUGCAGAGGAUAUAGGCCAGACUGCACAUGAGAGGUAUGGUGGGAUUUUCAAUGUGUUCCCUGUUCUUAGGUUUUCUAUUGGGGGAAGAGCUACUGGAUGGUGCAGCCAAGGUUGCCAAGCUAUUGUGGACACUGGGACAUCCCUCCUCACCGUUCCUCAGCAGUACAUAGCGAGUUUUGCGCAGGCUGUGGGUGCUCAGCAAAAUCAGUACGGAGAGGUAGGUGAAAUUACAUAUUUUGAAGAGCUGGAAGGGUAACACAGGAUGCAGGGUGAUGUGGGAUAUAGCUGGCAUAUGCGCAGUUUGUGUGGAUGGCCUCAAAGUCACCAAGAAUCUUGCCAUUAUAGAAGUAAUUGAUGCAUACGGAAUGACUACAUCUCAGUUCCAUGCAGUCCUAGCUGUCCUCCUAUAGGAGAUUAACCAGUCAUUGCAUUCUUCCUUCACAGUAUGCGGUUGCUUGCAGCAAUGUUCAGAAUUUGCCCACCAUCUCCUUCAACAUCAAUGGGGUUUCCUUCCCUCUGCCCCCCAGUGCCUACAUCCUCAAUGUAAGUUUUAGAGAUCUGGACAUCAUUAACUCAUUUGUUUUCUUUUAGCGUAAGAACCAAUAGAAAGAAUUAGAACUUAAGGUUCGGGACAGGAGAAGAAAGAUAGGGCUUUCUCUUGAGUGCCAUCUGUCUUUAUAAUAACUGGGCUAGCAUCUUUAUGGAUCCUACUCACUUUCCCCUUUCUAUUUAUUGCUUUACAGAACAAUGGCUACUGCACAGUUGGGAUUGAGCCCACCUAUCUGCCUUCCCAAAACGGACAGCCUCUCUGGAUCCUGGGAGAUGUCUUCCUCAGGAAGUACUAUUCCGUCUAUGACAUGGGCAACAACAGGAUUGGCUUUGCAGCUGCUGCCUAAGCUUCUUUGCUAUUACACCUGACUUGUAUCUAUUACAAUGCCUUUCUUUUAAGAUUCUUACUGAGAUAAAAGGGGUAGUUUAAAUGCUUGCCCUUAUCUCCGUUACAAUUUCUUUCUUUCCCUUUAAGCUUGUCUUGGACCAUUCUCCUUGAACUAUCUGCACUCUGGGGCCCUGGGUUUUUUUCUUUCUUGAAUCACUGGCUGCUGUUAUAAUGAUGUUUGUGGCAGAUUGGAUAAUAAAUGGUCAAACCUGAGAUAUUUGUGCUCAAGUCUGCUCAGCUACUGUUCUGCUGUUUACAGAGGACAUUAAAGAAGAGUGCUCUUAGCUGGAAUCUGUAUACCUGGAAUAAAUCUUAGGCUAAAUAA